AGACUUCCGUUUCCGUUGGCUUGUUGCCCUGGGAACAGGCACACUCAAUCUUGACAGUUAUGGCAGGGCUGAGCAGCUCUCAGAUCCCCGACGGUGAGUUCACAGCGGUGGUGUACAGGCUCAUCCGAGACUCCCGCUACUCAGAGGCAGUGCAGCUGCUGAGCGCAGAGCUGCAGAGAAGCUCCCGCAGCCGCGCAGGGCUGUCGCUGCUGGCCUACUGCUACUACCGCCUGCAGGAGUUCGAGCUCGCUGCAGAGUGCUAUGAGCAGCUGAGCCAGAUGCACCCAGAACUCGAGCAGUACCGCCUGUACCAGGCCCAGGCGCUGUACAAAGCCUGCCUGUAUCCAGAGGCCACCCGUGUCGCCUUCCUCCUGGACAACCCCACCUUCUAUAGCAGGGUCCUUCGUUUACAAGCCGCUAUCAAGUACAGUGAAGGUGACCUCCCAGGAGCCAGGAGCCUGGUGGAGCAGCUGCUGAGUGGAGAAGCUGGAGAAGACAGUGGAGGGGAGAAUGACCCAGAUGGUUUGGUCAACAUGGGUUGUCUCCUCUACAAAGAGGGACACUAUGAAGCUGCCUGCUCCAAGUUCUUUUUGGCUUUGCAAGCUUCUGGCUACCAGCCCGAUGUAUCUUACAACCUAGCUUUAGCUUGUUACAACAACAGGCACUAUGCCCCAGCGCUGAAGCAUAUUGCCAAUAUCAUUGAGCGUGGCAUCCGUCAACACCCAGAACUAGGUGUGGGCAUGACCACGGAAGGCAUUGAUGUUCGAAGUGUUGGCAACACUGUAGUCCUUCACCAGACUGCUCUGGUCGAAGCCUUCAACCUCAAGGCAGCCAUAGAGUACCAACUGAGAAACUUUGAGGCAGCCCAGGAAGCCCUCACUGACAUGCCACCCAGAGCAGAGGAAGAGUUGGACCCCGUGACCCUGCACAACCAACAUACAAUCAUGCUGAGGGACAGUGUCAUUCAAGAAUGUGUCCAGUUUCUAGAGCACUGUGAAAUUUUUGGCAGAAACAUUCCAGCUGUUAUAGAACAGCCCUUGGAGGAAGAAAGAAUGCACAUUGGGAAAAAUACAGUCACAUAUGAGUCCAGACAGUUGAAAGCUUUGAUUUAUGAGAUCAUAGGGUGGAAUAUGUAGUCACUUGUAAAAAGGUCAUUAGAAAGGCUUUUGAGAAUCUAUAUUUCUCUUUUUCUGUAUUUUCCUGUGCCUUUUUAUUUCUUUUUUGUUUGUUUCUGGUUUGCCUCUGUAUACUUAACACAGUGACAGCCUUUCCACCUUGGUAGCCUUGAUAUAUAUAUAAUAUAUAAUAUAUAUAGCCUUUAUAUAUAUAAUUAUAGGUUCCGGCCUUUUUACUACUCGACACAUUCCGCAGUUGCUGCAGUAGCAUCUCUGUAGAUAAAGAAGCUCUGAGUACCUCUUAGAAUUUCGGCUUUGUGCUGUAAAGGGGACUAAGCAUUACUCAGUUACUGGUAUACACUCUUGCUGCCACUGCCUCGUAGACCCAGGUGCUGGAACACAACAAACCAUCUCUCCAUUAGCAAAGAGAAACAGAAGGCCCACUUCGUUCUCUUGAUAGGCCGUGCUACUCAAUAAAUAUUCUUAACCAUA